AUGUGAGAUUACAUUUUUGUGUAACACAUUCAGCGCAGGCGGCAAUCCAGUAAAAUUUAAUCGAACAUCAAACAGGGUCGUUGUUGCGCACAUCAUGUGUUAUUUUUGUGUUGGCGCGCGAACUCGACAGACGAUAACCAUUGUAAACACCGGGAAUAAACAAUUGUGUGUGUUCGCGAAAUAGAUUUAAGUGCAAUGCCAGAGAAUAUUAUUGCCGGGAUACCGGUGCAUUUCCCCUUCGAGCCGUACGAGGUGCAACGCGCCUUUAUGGAGAAGGUAAUAAUGUGCCUCCGCGAUGGCACCAACGGCGUUUUGGAGUCGCCGACCGGCACAGGUAAAACGUUAAGUUUGCUAUGUUCCUCGCUCGCCUGGAUACGUACCCGGCAGUCCGAGCACCAGCUAAACAUGCAAAAGCUGCAAAUGGAGCAGCAGCAGAGGCAAGCAACAGGAGGCUCUGCAACCGGGGCCAUGUCCGACUUGGCCUUGACCAUGGGCAAGACCAAUAACUGGGGUGUGCCCAAGGUUAUUUAUGCCUCGCGCACCCAUUCCCAGCUGACCCAGGCGAUGCGGGAGCUGAAGCGCACCGCCUAUGCCAGCAUGCGAUCCGUGGUGCUGGGCUCGCGAGAUCAGCUCUGCAUACAUCCGGACGUGAUGAAGGAGCAGGGCAAUUCGAACAAGGUGAACAUGUGCAAGCUGAAGGUGCACGCAAAGACGUGCUCGUUCCAGCUGCGCGUCGAGUCCAAGAAGGAUCAUCCCGACUUUCGCGGACCCAGCAUCAUGGACAUCGAAGAUCUGGUUAAGGUAGGACAGCGAUUGAAAAUGUGCCCGUAUUAUGCCUCCAAGGAGCUGGUCAGCAGCGCAGACAUCACAUUCAUGCCCUACAAUUACCUGCUGGACCCGAAAGCCCGCAAGGCCAACAAGAUUGAGCUAAGCAAUACAAUCGUGAUCCUUGAUGAGGCACAUAACAUUGAGAAGAUCUGCGAGGAGUCCGCUUCGGUGCAGAUACGCUCCUCCGACGUGGCCAUGGCCAUUGAGGAUGUAACGCACAUUAUGAAAAUCUUCACCAGCGCCGACUCACAGGACUCGGGCGGGCCCGAGGAGCCCAAAGACUUCACCCUGGACGAUCUGACGCUGCUCAAGGAGAUGCUGCUGGAGCUGGAGAAGGCCAUCGAUGGCGUCGUCGUCGAGAACCAAGUCGAGGGCACCACCUAUCCAGCUGCCCACAUCUACGAGCUGCUCGGCAAGGCAAAUUUCACCUAUGGCAACUGCGCCACAAUUGUCGCCCUGCUGGACAAGCUGGUGCAGUACCUCAUGGUCGCCUCGCAGCACUCGAUGCUGCGCAAGGGAGGCAGCUUCAUGGUGCUCAGCGAUCUGCUGAACGUCGUGUUUGCCAACAAGGAGGACAUCAUGGCCAAGGUGCAUCGCAGCUUCAAGGUCCAUGUCCAAAUCGAGGAAACCAAACAGACGAAGCCAGCGGGUGGCAGCAACAGCAAGCAAACCGGCUGGCUGGGCAAGGGCAACAAUGCGGCCACCACUGUCUCCAAGACGGCAAAGAUUAUCAAUUUCUGGUGCUUCAAUCCCGGUUUCGGCAUGGAGCAGCUGCUCAAUACCCAAGUGCGCAGCGUCAUCCUAACCAGCGGCACAUUGGCGCCGCUGAAGCCCCUCAUUGCCGAGCUGGCCAUACCGGUGGCCCAGCAUCUGGAGAAUCCGCACAUAGUGGAUCAGUCGCAGGUCUAUGUGAAGAUCAUUGGCACUGGCCCAGAUCGUGAGCAGCUAAUAUCCAACUAUAAGAAUCGCGACAAUCCAAAGUACAUCAGCUCGCUGGGCCAGACGAUUCUGAAUGUAUCGCGAAUCGUGCCGGAUGGGCUAUUGGUGUUCUUUCCAUCGUAUCCCAUGCUGAAUCAGUGCGUGGACGCUUGGCAGGCGAGCGGCUUGUGGGCGGACUUGUCCAGUCGCAAGCCGAUAUUCUUGGAGCCGCGCGGCAAGGAUCAGUUUACCAGCACCAUGGAGGAGUUCUAUCAGGCGAUACGCGACUCGAAGGGCGCCUGCUUCAUGGCCGUCUGUCGGGGCAAGGUGUCCGAGGGCUUGGACUUUGCCGAUCGCAAUGGCCGGGCUGUGAUCAUAACCGGGCUGCCCUUUCCGCCCCUGAAGGAUCCGAAGGUGAUAUUGAAGCGUCGCUAUCUGGAAACCAACCGCACCAAGGAGAACCAGCUGCUCAGCGGUCAGGAGUGGUAUAAUCUGGAUGCGACGCGUGCCGUCAAUCAGGCGAUUGGGCGUGUCAUUCGCCAUCGUCACGACUAUGGUGCGAUUCUGCUGUGUGAUGCGCGCUUCCAGGAUGCCUCGCAGGUGCAACAGCUGUCCAAGUGGAUACGUGGCCACCUGGGCGCGCGCCCGCAAUCGUCGCCAUUCGGGCCCAUUGUGCGCGAGUUGCGCCAAUUCUUCAAGCAUGCCGAGCAAACGAUGGCACAGCCCGACGAGCGCGUCGUUGAGCAGCCACUGCAGACCGUGUGCAAGGAGGAGCAGCCGACGCUGGCGCCCAGCUACAACAGCAAUACCCAAAUCAAGCGUGAGCCCGGCUCUGGAGCCAACAGAUUCCAGCUGGCCAGCGAGCUGGCAGCCAAAGCGGAAAUGGCCAACUCCAUCAAGAGCUGGACGCCAGCGGAUUAUGUCAAUGCAGCUGGUUGCAGCAAUCAGAGCCAAUCAGCGCCCAAUGCCAUGGACUUCAUGAGUCGGCUCAACUCCAAUGUGACGAGCAUCGACUUCAAUAACACCGACCUAGUUAAGAUACACAAGCGCGAGCGCAGCUCACCGACAGCCAACGAAACGUUGACCAGUGGCAAGAAGCGCUACAAGCUGAUCAGCAGCACUGAUGUGGUCAAGACGGAACCAGGCACCAGCAACAGCUACAGCUACAGCUACGCCAACAUCAGCAGCAGCAGCGGCAGCGACAGUAGAUGUUGCUCUGCAAAGCCGGCUGUGUCUCCGCUUAAGGAAGCGCCUGAAUCACGCGCAGAUUUUCUGCGUGAGGUGCGCAGCGUCGUGGACAGCGAUAAGUUUCGCAGUUUCGGCAAGGCGUUGCUGGCUUACAAGACUGGCGGCGAUAAUUGUUUCGAGGUGCUAAUGGUGCUGCUCCUGGAUGUGCUGGGCGCACCCAAGCUGCGAUACCUGCUCUACGGCAUGCGUCGCUAUCUGAAGAACGAGCACAAGGAGGAGUUCGAUAUACGCUUGGCCAGCCUGCAGGCCAGCUAGUCCUUGCUCUUGUACCUUCCUAUCUGACUGUCUUGCUUGUAUACAUAAUUUGCAUAGAUUCUAUUAUAUUUAAAAAUAAAAACAAACUUGUAAAUGCGCCAUUCGGAGAGAAUGUGUCUAGUUUGUGGCAUAAAGCAGGCCUUAACUAGAAUUU